UCUAGCGAUGAUGUUCUCACAUUUCCUUGCCAAAGCUUUGUGACGUAACUUCCAUCGAUGCCACGUUCAUGCGCCAUCGCCAUUCUUCAUAUUUUCCUUGCCUUUUCAAAUUCGACCCAUUUCUUUCUUUUCCUUCUCAGUUUCUCUACAAUUUACAUCUGAUUAGCAAAUAUGUAUAUCAUCUAGUCUGAUCAAUCAGUUUCAAUAGGUGCUGAAAUCGAAGAAGAUUCUAACCAUUCAAACGCGCAAUCCACGCUACAUGUAUAUUUGCAAUGAUUUCGAAAGGCCAGGAAGAAUUGCAGAUCAAAAGUUGUCUGAGGGUGUUUUUCAUUGUCGUGGCCCUCUGGCCCUCUUUGGCCUGGGGCCACUUCGAGGUGGAAGAGAGCGAGGCCAAGGUAUCCAACACUUCCGGGCUGAUCCCUCUCUACAUUGGGGUCCUAUUGCCACUGAGUAGCAAUGGAAACUGGGCAGAAGAAUUCGCAAAUCAGAGUAUGUUUGCCAUGGAUUUAGCUGUUGCUGACCUCAACAACAGGUCUGAUAUUCUACCUGACCAUCAAAUACAUCUUGUCGUCAAAGACACCAAGGGCUCUACCGCUCUUGCGCUGAAUCUGUUGUACGAGAUGAUUCUGUCCAAACCGUCCAUGGUAGCAUUUGUAGGAAGUAUUGAAGCUGAUACGACCAAGAUUUUAGCCGCUGUAACCGGUCAAUGGGGCAUUAUCCAGAUGGGUUUUGCCAACUCUGCAAUAGGUCUAUCGAACCAUCUUCUCUACCCAUACUUCAUACGAACAAUGGGAAGUUCAUCUGACCUUAACAAGGUCAAACUUCAAAUCUGUGAACGAUUUGGUUGGAAGAAGAUAUCUACCAUUACUGAAGCUACUGAGCCACACGCUGGGAUUAUGGAGGAUUUACACGGACUGUUAGAAUAUCAGAAUUUCACAUUAGUAUCCAGGCAGUCAUUUUAUUACGAUCCGGCUGGGGUAAUCAGUAGAUUAAAGCAAAAAGAUGCACGGAUUAUGGUUGCUAGCUUCUCAGAGGAUACUGCGAGAAAAGUAUUGUGCCAGGCGUUCAUUCGUCAGCUGUACGGUCCGAAACAUAUCUUCAUCUUUCGGGGAUUCCUCGAAAGUAACUGGUGGAGAACAUCCGAUAAGUCUGAGAAUCUUGGAUGUUCCGAUGAUGAUAUGAUGGCUGUUCUGCAGAGCGUCAUCACGGUCUACUUCAGUAUGUACGCGAGGAAGAAGAGUGCUGCUGUUACAGCACAGACGGCUGUGUCUUUCCGAGAGGAGAUGUCCCGGCACCUGGGGUCUAGGGUCUCGCUCAACAGCCGGGAUGUUGCUGCUAAUGCCCACGAUGGAAUAUGGGCCAUCGGUUUUGGAUUGAACUCAUCUCGGGCGUACAUUGGUAAUAAAACCCUCCAUGAAUACACGUAUGAGGACAGAGAAACCACCGAUAUAUUUUACGAUCACAUUCUGGAAUCGCAGUUUUACGGUGUCUCGGGCCCAGUAGGAUUUCAGGAAGACGGGGACAGGACUGGUGUGUUCAUCAUUGAACAAAUAAGAGAUGGAGCGCGUGUCGUAAUAGGAACCCUACAGCAAGGUGGAGUUAUUCAAUGGCUUUUACCGACCGGGGAAAUAUGGGAGAGGACUAACGGUCGACCACCUUUCGAUGAGGACCGCACUCACGAGGUCCUGGUCGUCCAGUCCAUCUCGAAGGUUACAGUGGUGAUCAUGGGUGUCCUGGCUGCAUUGGGCGUUUCGUUAGCAGUCUUCUUCUUAAUCUUCAACAUUAAAAAUAGGAAAAAGAGGUAUAUAAAGAUGUCCAGUCCAAAUCUCAACAAUCUUAUCAUCAGCGGCAUAUGCUUAGCCUAUGUCUGUGUCGUGUUACUAGGUAUUGAUAUCGGGAUACUAACACCUCGAAAUCAGUACAUAAUUUGCGGGGCUCGAGUGUGGCUCAUCUCUUUUGCUUUUACUGUAGCGUUUGGAGCAAUGUUCACCAAGAUGUGGAGAGUCUAUAGUAUUGUUAUUAAUAAACGCACGAUGAGGAAGGUAAACAAUGUGAUAAAGGAUCGUCAUCUAAUUGCCAUCAUCCUCGUGCUUCUCCUCAUCGACAUCAUCAUCCUCGUCACCAAGGAGAUCGUUGAUCCUUACCGCGUGGUUAAUGAACUCAUCGAACAACCUAGGACGCAGGAAGAUCGUGCAAAUUUUGUACAGUACAUCCACGUUUACCGUCGCUGUUCUACCAAGUAUAAUACAGUUUGGACCGUCAUCCUUACAGUCUAUAAGUCAUUUCUCAUGAUAUUUGGUGCCUUCUUAUCAUUUCAGACAAGGACAGUCAGCGUGCCUGGAUUAAACGACAGUUACUAUGUUGGGUUGUCUAUCUAUAACGCUUGCCUGUGUUGCGCCGUUGCAGUGCCUCUGUCGCUUUUCAACAUUAACUCACUCAAUGUGACUUACACAGUGACGUCAGGGUUCAUCGUCUUUUGUGCAACAACUAUUCUCUGUACACUAUUCCUACCGAAGUUUUCCGCCCUCUAUCGUCAGCAACACGAAGUGGGCAACAUUCAAAGAUUCGGCAUCAACACGGUGUCUUCGGUUGCUGGAACAUCAUCGGGAACAAAGGUCAAAAUGGUUGGACGAGAACCGACUCAGCUAGAUGAACAUAACAUCAUCAACAAGAAGGCCUAGAAAUGUCUUUAAAAAAAUUGAUAUGAUUGUGAAGAAACCGUCUAUCACCUCAACACCAACUGAAUGUCAAGACAUCAUUCCGUGCAAAACUAUAAGGAAAAUAACGAUGAUUAUGAUGAGGAAGAAGAAGAUAAUGACAUGAUAUGAUGAGGAUGAUGAAGACAAGAUGAUGAUGAUGAUGAUGAUGACGAUAAUGAUAGUGAUGAUAAAGAUUUUAUCGAUGGUGCUGUGCUGAGCUGAAAUGAUGAUAAUGAAAUGGGAAAAUGUACUCAUUACGUGUUUGUAUGCCGUGAUUUAAAGGUCAAGUCCACCUCAGAAAAUGUUGAUUGGAAUCAAUAUAGAAAAAUCAGACAAGCACAAU